UGUCUUGACAGAAGCAGCCGAAAGCAUCCAACGAUAAUAUUUCGUUUAUGUAUAAAAUUUUCAUUGUUAGGUUAAGUUUUUGGCAAAUAAUAGAAUCAUGUUGGGAAAAAUAAAAACAAAACAGGAAAAAACAGGGGAGAUUGUUGCAUAUAGCGAGGCAGCACUUGUAAACAAUUCUGCUAUUGUAGAAUAUUGUAAGAUAUCAAUGGCAGCUCUUUCAGGUGGUACAGCUGGUUUGUUAGGAUUGACAGGAUUAUAUGGUUUCGGAUUUUACAUCUUUGCAGUUUUAGGACUUUGGGCAAUGUUAUUAAUGAAAGUUGGUAGCCAGUGGAGAAAAUAUUUUAUUAGCAGGCGAGGUCUUCUUACGGGAGGUUUCUUUGGGGGACUUUGUACAUAUGUAUUAUUCUGGACAUUUUUAUAUGGAAUGGUCCAUGUUUAUUAGGAAAAAAAAGGCACGGAUAGCUUGAGCGAAAUAACGUGUAACAAUUACACACCAACAUAUAGCAUUUAUAUCAUUGUGGAUACUGACCAAACAAUCAAUAAAAAACGUUUUCUUAUUGAAUAAGUAUGUUGAUGUGUAUU